UGUUCCUCUGACCUACUCCACCCCCAACCAAACACCAGAACCAUGAGCUGCUGUGGCUGUUCCGGAGGCUGUGGCUCCAGCUGUGGGGGCUGUGGCUCCUGUGGCUCCAGCUGCUGCAAGCCUGUGUGCUGCUGCAAGCCUGUGUGCUGCUGCAAGCCUGUGUGCUGCUGUGUGCCCACCUGCUGCUGCUCCAGCUGUGGGGGCUGCAAGGGAGGCUGUGGCUCCUGUGGGGGCUGCAAGGGAGGCUGUGGCUCCUGUGGGGGCUGCAAGGGAGGCUGUGGCUCCUGUGGCUCCUGUGGUGGUUGCAAGGGAGGCUGUAGCUCCUGUGGGGGCUGCAAGGGUGGUUGUGGUUCCUGUGGGGGCUGCAAGGGAGGCUGUGGCUCCUGUGGCUCCUGUGGGAGCUGCAAGGGAGGCUGUGGCUCUUGUGGAGGCUGCAAGGGAGGCUGUGGCUCUUGUGGGGGCUGCAGCUCCUGUGGGGGCUGCAAGGGAGGCUGUGGUUCCUGUGGAGGCUGCAAGGGAGGUUGUGGCUCCUGUGGCUCCUGUGGCUCCUGUGGGGGCUGCAAGGGAGGCUGUGGCUCCUGUGGGGGUUGCUUCCAGCUGUUGCAAGCCCUGCUGCUGUCAGUCCAGUUGCUGUUGUGGGUCCUCCUGCUGUCAAUCCAGCUGCUGCAAGCCCUGCUGCUGUCAAUCCAGCUGCUGCAAGCCCUGCUGCUGUCAAUCCAGCUGCUGCAAGCCCUGCUGCUCUUCAGGCUGUGGGUCUUCCUGCUGCCAGUCCUGCUGCUGCAAACCUUGCUGCUGCGAGUCCAGCUGCUGCAAGCCCUGCUGCUGCCAGUCCAGCUGCUGCAAACCUUGCUGCUGUCAGUCCAGCUGCUGCAAGCCCUGCUGCUGUGA